AUUCAUAAGAAAAAGUCGGGCGACGUCAGAUAAGGAGAUGGUGAUAAUCUUACAGGGACAUACAGAGGGAUAUGAUAAUAAUGCACAAAUGGUUAUUAUACUUACUAAAGGAAAAAUCUGUAUACAAAUUAUCAAUUGUAUCCCUUCAUUAUCGCUCAAGGAUUUUGCAACUACGGAAAAAAUAAUGCCAGACUAUUCACCCUCGGAGAUCAUUGAUAUUAUUCUCAUUCUUGGAGAAUGUCAUUUAAAUUAUCACGAAGCUUCGCGAGUUUACCGAGAUCGGUAUCCUGAAAGGGAAAGACACCCCAAUCCUGCUUUAAUCCGAAACCUCGAACGAAGAGCUCGUGAAGGUGAUCUCAAACGUAAAAGGAAAGAUCAUGUGUAUGAUGAAAAUGACAAUCGUGUGGUCACGCUCCUGGCAGCAAUUCAUCUCAAUCCUCAUGUUAGUCAACGGAUUUUGGCAAGGGAACUAGGUAUUCCAAGAUCAACAAUUAGGAGGAUUAUGAAGAAACUUAAAUACCAUCCCUACCACAUAACGUUGACACAAGCUCUGAGUCAAAGGGAUAUGCAAUUGCGUAUCCAAUUUUGUCAAUGGGCACAACAAAUGAUCAGAGCUGAACAAAAUUUUUUCAAUUUUGUCAUGUUCUCUGAUGAGUCGACAUUUAAAAAUAAUGGUGAGCUAAAUAGGCAUAAUUGUCACUAUUGGUCAGAUGUUAAUCCCCAUUGGCAUAGACCAAUAGAUAAUCAGAAUCGUUGGAGUAUCAAUGUUUGGUGCGGAAUUGUGAAUGGGUAUUUGAUUGGUCCCUAUUUCUUUGACGGAAAUGUCAACGGGGAAAACUUUCUGGCAUUUCUUAGAGAUGAUUUACCACAAUUACUUGAAAACGUUGACCUGCAAACACGCCAGAGGUUAUGGAUACAACUCGAUGGCGCGCCACCUCACUAUACAAGAUAUGUGAGAGAUUACCUGAAUGAAACGUAUAAUGACAGAUGGAUUGGACGAGGUGGCCCCGUCGCGUGGCCUGCACGAUCUCCUGAUCUGACGUCGCCCGACUUUUUCUUAUGGGGAUACCUGAAAAAUGUCGUGUACGAGCAAACGCCUACAACAAGAGAAAAUAUGAUAGAAAGGAUACGAGAAGCUUGCAGAAGAAUAACGCGCGAUAUGUUACUCAAGACAGUAAGACAUUUCCAAGAUAGGUUGGCAUUAUGUAUCCAAGCCAAUGGAGACAACUUCGAACAAUUGAUUCGAUAAAUCUUUAUUGACUGGAUCAUUCUCGAUUUUGCCUUCGGUGGCGGGAUUCUUCUUGAUCUUACUUUAGUUGACAGAACCAUCAACGAUCUUGCCUUGACUGGCUGGAUCCGUGUUCGUAUCUUGCCUUGACUGGCUGGAUCCGCGUUCGUAUCUUGCCUUGACUGGCUGGAUCAGUGUUCGUAUCUUGCC